AUGCGUUAUUUCUGCCUGGCUCUUGGCACAUACUUCUUCAAUUUCUUCAUCAGAUUCUUCUAUUUGCAAUUUUUGUCCUUCAUUUAUAUCAUCUGGUUUCUAAAAGGAUUAAUAAUGAAAGAAAAUGGGAUUAACAAAAAUGGUUUGCAUGUGCAUAAAGAUAUUUAUUCUUUCCUAAUAAUUUACUACAUGGUGAACACCAAUGGACAGUAUUUAUGCAUACUUAUAGUUGCAUAUAAUUUGUGCAUAAUUUUUAUAUUACCAAAUAGCAACUCUCAACAAAACAAUUUGUCAAGAACAUUGAAACUAGAGCCAAACAUAUGGUUAAGGCAAGAAGGACUGUAUUAUAUUUUGCAAGUGAGUUACAGACACACGUUCCACCCUUGGGAAAUAAUCUUGUCAGAAAAUCAGAUGGAGGACUAUGAGAGAAAUGUCCUGUUGGAUCCAUUUUGUAUAUUUAUGAAUACUAUUAUAAAAAGCAAACUGGAAAUUUAUAAUUGUAAUAAGUUGUUCUAUUUAAUCAUUACAUUUGUGAUUCAGAAGAAUAGGUAUUCUUUUUUGUACAGUUUUCAUAAAAAGUAUUUAUAA